AUGGAUAUCAUCUACCGGCCAGGCAAGUCUAAUGCCAAUGCAGACUCUCUGUCCCGGAUUCCAAGGUCUGAUGUGGUGAGGAUCCUGGACGAAACAGAGGGUAGCAGAGGUCAAAAUGGAAGACAGGAAACAAGGGAUGCAAAAACAUCAGCAGCCAAAACAGAUGCGGGUAGUCAGGGAGAAGAUGGCAUGGCUUCCAUCGAGGGGCAGGAACAGCAGCCGAGGGCGAACCUUGAAGAUAAGGCUGUCAGGCAUGUCCAUCAGCUCACAACUGGUACGAGGAGUAGCACACCACCACCGUCAAGCAUAGGGCAAACAUCAGACAGCAGUGACACUACUGAUCACCCAUCUCCCAUGAAGUCUUCUUCCGAUGCAGCCUUAGACAGGGAUAGCAAUGAAGUAGGUGCCAAGUCUUCUUCAGAAGGAGCCAAGGUGGGCACAUAUGUUGAUCUACCAGGAGGCCUUCGUCUGCUUGAGGCACAGCAAGAGGACCCGACAACUCGGCGUGUUGUGGAGUUGAAGCAAGGUGUCUUGGUCUACGAGAAGGACCAGGAAGACAGAGGUGAGACACCAACCUUAAUAGUGCUCCCCAAGGAGAUGAAGAGGCCUGUCCUUCAGCAUGUUCACGACCUGAUGGGACAUCUUGGCUUCGAGAAGGUUUAUCAGCAUGUCCAGGAUAGGUACUUCUGGCCAAGUAUGUACUCUGAUGUGAAGUCGUACAUCGACAAGUGUAAAAGAUGCGCCCUGAGAAAAACGUCAGACACGAAAAGGCAUGCAAGUCUGCAGAGUAUCAACACAACACGGCCCUUGGAACUUGUCUGCAUAGACUUCCUAAGCUUGGAGAGGUCAAGAGGAGGCUUUGAGCAUGUACUUGUGGUCACUGAUCACUACACCAGAUACGCACAUUCGUACCCGACUCGUGAUGAGAAGGCAACAACUGUAGCGCACGUCCUAUGGGAGAGGUACAUGUACAUCGCCAAUUACGGCAUCCCUGAGCGACUCCACUCGGACCAAGGAAAGAGUUUUGAGUCGGCAGUCAUAAAGGAGCUGUGUCACCUGCUGGGCAUGAGGAAGAGCUGUGUUGGUUAA